UGAGCUUCAAAGCGUCAAAGCGUCAUUCAAGUUUCAACUUCUUCGCGGUGAAGAUGUUCGGUGCUUUGGUGGUGCUAGGUUGUGCUUUGACCUUUGCUUCGGUAGCACAGUGUGAUGAUAAUAAUGAGUAUAAUUGGAUGCUUCCGUACGAAAGAUCUUCAUUAGAUGAUUGUGAGGAGCGGUUCUACAAAAAAAUUGAUCCAAUUAAAGUUGCACCAGCAGCAGGAAGCCCUGCUUACUUGCGCGAGUUUGCCCACAUUGCCGCCAUCGGUUGGACGAAUGAAGAUCAAAGUGUGCGAUGGUUGUGUGGAGGAUCGUUGAUCUGGGAAAACUUCAUUCUUACCGCGGCCCAUUGCGCAGCUGACGAUAACAAUGUUCCACCAGAUGUAGCUCGUAUGGGAGAUAUCAACAUCUACAGCGAUGAAGACGAUGAGUUUGCGCAGCAAUUGAAGAUAGUGGAAAUCAUUCGCCAUCCAAAACAUAAAUAUAACUCAAAUUAUUACGACAUUGCACUGAUGAAACUCGAGAGAAAUGUCACCCUUCAUGACACGGUAGCACCGACCUGUCUAUGGCUAGACGAUGAGAUACGCUUUCCCGAGCUGUUGGCGGCUGGCUGGGGCAGAACAGGAUUCGACCAGAAUACAACAAAAACUCUGUUGAAAGUGCAGCUCGCUCCAAUCACCAAUGACAAGUGCUCGACACAUUACCAAAGAGGUGUUCGAAAAUUAGGAAACGGUCUUAUGGAUCAUCAAUUUUGUGCAGGCGAUGAAAAGAUGGACACUUGCCCAGGAGACUCCGGAGGGCCACUGCAUGUAAAACUUUUCAAAGAAUGGAAGUUAAUUCCAUUCCUGGUAGGAGUUACUUCGUUUGGCAAAGCAUGCGGUUUAUCAGCGCCGGGUGUAUACGUGAAGGUUUCGAAGUUUGGUGAUUGGAUCAUUGAAACACUUCAACGUCACGGCGAAAUGGCCACACGUUUCAAGUUUGAACCGUUGGUUUGUACCGAUCGGUAUUACAAUUUGCGCGAAUAUAAGGAAGACCUUGUGAGAGUAUAUGAGGGUCGGGAAUAUUUAGACUUGUCGAAUGCAUACGUGAGUUCAACAAUUAGUAACAACGUAGUAUUUUUUCGAAGGCUGCCCUCUGUUCCUCAAGUCAAUAAUGCUUGCUUUGGAACACUCAUCGAACCUAACGUAGUGUUAACGUUAGCUGAAUGUGUUCUUGAUGAGGGGAAAGUAUUCUACUUUUAUUUCUCUCACUUUUUUUCGCCUGUUUAAUGUAUCAUCAUUUGUCAAUUACAGAUCAAG